AUCAGAGCUAUGGCCACAAAUUAUAAUAGUAAAGUAUUAUAAGUAUCUUUUUCGAGAUAAUUUUGGACAGAUUUACACAUGGUUUAUCAAUACAUAUAUAUUACUUAAGAGCAGUUAUUUUAUCUAAUAUAUUUGAUGCUUACCAAACAUUUGAUAAUUGCUUUCUUGUAAACUGUGAGGUCUCAGUAGGUUAUCUUUGCAACAAAUUAUUUAAUGAUAUUCCAAGUCUUAAAGAAAUUACUUCAUGCGACAAGUGUAAUAAUAUGCGGGAAAAAACAUAUCCUACUACUCAGGUUAAAAUAGAAGACUUAAUGCAUUCUGAAUUUCCAACAACAAUUGAAAAUGAUUUUAUAUUACAACCAAAGUCUUGUCGUGAAAAGAGUACAGAAAUAGAAACAGCAGAAUGCACGGGUACUAAGUUUACCAAAAUUUCAGAAAUUGGUUUAUUUAUGGUAUUGGAAAUAUAUGAUACGUACAACAACAACUCUGAUAUAGAAUUGGACAAAAUUCCUAAAAAUAUGAAAUGUUCAUUUUUGGCAAAGUCAUACAUUUUACGAAGAGUAAUAAUUUUUAAAUUACCGGCACAUACAAGAAAAUUUGACAAAAAUACUGUUGGACAUUUCACAGCAGUAGUAUUUCACAACAAUACAUAGAUAGAAUACGAUGACUGCAGCAAUAAAGCGAAAAAGCUUCCAACAAACUAUAAAGGA